AGCCUUCCCUUGGGCCAGCCCCAGCCACCCACUCAGGAUCCUCCUGACUCACCUGGCCAGGCCCAGGCUGAGCUUGGGGCAGCACCAUGGACCUGCUGCUGCUGCUGCUCCAGGGGCUGCUGCUCCUGCCCCUGGCAGCACUGCUGCUCUACAGGUGCAGCCCCCCCUUCCAGUUCCUCUGCAAGGUGGCCUUCUUCAACUGCUGGAUCGUGGCCUUGGCCACCCUGCUGUCCCCCCUGGCCGCCUUCCGGGGACGCUCCGUGGAGAACAUGAGGCUCCUGCGGGCGGCGCUCCUGCCCCUCAAGCGCUUCUACGGCAUCAGGAUGCGGGUGAGGGGCUCGGAGAUGCUGCGGCUGCCGGGGCCCUUCGUGAUCGUCUGCAACCACCAGGCUUCCCUGGACCUCAUGGGAAUGGUGGAGGUCAUUCCUGAGCGCUGCGUGCCCAUCGCCAAGCGGGAGCUGCUGUACCUGGGCACGGUGGGCUGGGCCUGCUGGCUCAGUGGCAUCAUCUUCAUCGAGCGGCAGCGCAGGGACGCGGCCAUCGAGGUCAUCUCCCGCACCGCCAGCGCCAUGAGGAGAGACAACCUCCGUGUGUGGGUUUUCCCAGAAGGCACCAGGAACCCGGGCAAGUCCAUGCUGCCUUUCAAGCGAGGUGCUUUCCACCUGGCUGUGCAGGCCCAGGUUCCCAUUGUCCCCAUUGUGAUCUCCUCGUACAGGAACUUCUUCAGCCCCAAGGAGAAGAGGUUCACCUCUGGGACCUGCACCAUCCAAGUCCUCCCUAGGGUGGAAACGUGUGGCCUGAGUCCAAAGGAUGUCCCCAAGCUGACCGAGAGUGUCCGCCAGGCCAUGGCCGAGGCCCUGGCCGAGAUGUCCAUGAGUGACCACGGGCACCAGGACAUGGAGCAGCCUCUGCUGGGGCCAGGGGAGGACAGGGACAGCCCCCAGGGCCAGGGGGACACAGCCAGGAGCAGCAAAUAGGCAGAGGGAGCGAGUCCCUCAGGGACACCAGGGAAGUAUCCCUUGUCCCCUGAGGAAGUGUGCUGCAGCCCUGCCACCGCCCCAGCAGGACGGUGCCCUAAGGAGAGCAGAGCAGGGCAGGAUGGGGACCAGGCAGCACCUCUGAAAAUGAGCAAGGGGCCCCCCAAAACAGAGCAAGGUGCCCCCUAAAACCUCUCGUUGUGACUGCAUCCCCUGGAUGUCCCUCUGCCAGACCUGGAGCUGUGGCUGUCCCCCUGGAGCUGUGACUGUCCCCCAGGAUGGCCCCUGCCUGCUUGCUGGGCAGGGCAGGGAUGGUCCAGGCAGGGCUGAGGUCUCACAGCCCCAUUUUCCACCCCUGACUGUUGGGCUCCCCCAUGGAUUCUCCUUCCAGAGGCUCCUACAAGUUGGAAAUGCUUGUAGGGUACAAGCAUUGUACAUGUUUGGGUACAGCCAGCUCUGAGUGGGUGGCCUGGGGGGGGACAUGAGAUCCAGGGGAGAUUGCUGGGGAGGAGCAUCCUGGGGGGGGGAGAGCAUCCUUGGUGCUGAGCUGUGAGCCAAGGGUGGGACAUUAAAGAGUCUGGAGCUGAGUCCUGGCAGUGCUGAGGGGAAUCCCUAUCCUGGGGGAGACUUCACACUGCACAGGGAGCAGCCCUUCAGAGAGAGCACCCUGCUCAGAGAGAGCACCCUGCACACACAGAGCACCCUGCACACACACACAGCACCCUGCACACACAGAGCACCCUGCACACACACACAGCACUCUGCACACACACAGAGCACCCUGCACACAUAGAGAGCACCCUGCACACACACACAGCACCCUGCACACAUAGAGAGCACC